CCAACCCCGAAACCACGCAGCGCGCGUCGGAGGCGGCGGCGACGAGUGCAUGCGCCGCCGACGGGGUGCGGGCUCUCUCUUUCGCUCUCUGUCGGAGCCUAGUCAGUGAGCCACAGUCCUCAGUCUGCAACACGAUGGUCGACGGGUCGAUCCAGAACGAGACGGCGUCGGACAAGGCCACGACCACGGGCACGGCCAUGGUCACGACCACGGCCGCGAACAACAACCUGACGUUUUUGGUGGACGAGGUGCUCAAGGACUUCGCCAGCAGCAUGUUCGUGUACCACGAGCCAGGCAACGUAGCGCUAAUCUCGUGCUACGUGCCGCUCAUUCUGCUCGCAACAGUCAGCAACGCACUCGUCAUCGGCGUAGUCUCCAAGUACAACCACCUGCGGAGCGUCACAAACUACUUUCUCGUUAACCUGAGCGUUGCAGAUCUUUUGGUUACAUUAAUAUGCAUGCCAAUGGCCAUCGGACAGGCAGUGAACCGGCUCUGGCUCUACGGUGACGUCAUGUGCAAGCUCACAUACUAUUUGCAAGGAGUGUCUGUGGGCGCUAGCGUGUUUACUAUCACGGUAAUGAGCAUCGACAGAUACCUCGCCAUACGACGACCGAUAGCAUUUCGCAAGGUGUUCAACAGACGCUCCACAAUAAUGGUUAUUGUCGCUCUGUGGGGUGUGUCGCUGCUCCUCUUCGCGCCGCUGCUGGUCGUACGACAAACAAGCAAGGUGCUGGUGGAGAACGCUGACCACCAACUGAUCUUCUGCGUGGAGCAGUGGGGCACCCCAAAGAACCGCCGCUCUUACAGCAUCCUGUGCUUUGUUCUCGUGUAUGCGGUUCCGGGCUCGAUCGUGAUUCUGGCCUACUCGCUCAUGGGCCGACGCCUGUGCGCCGCCAGUCUCUUGCAGCAGAUCAACGCCGGCGCCGCCCCAGGGGUUUCGCGCUACCAGGCAGGCGGCGAACGCCUGGUGCGAGACCGAAAACGUGUCGCCAAAAUCCUGCUGCUCCUGGCAAUUUUGUUCGCCCUGUGCUGGCUUCCGUACAACAUUUUGAAUUUGCUGCUUGACCUGGACGAAUCGAGGCCAAAUGCUGAGCAGAUUUUCGCCAUGCUGCCUUUCACUUUGCUGCUUGGCCACGCAAACUCUGCAAUCAACCCGCUGCUCUAUUGUUUUCUCACAAGAAAUUUCAGGAAUACAGUACGCCAAAUAUUUUCUCCCAUUUGCAAAUGCUGCAGGGUGCAAAACGCUGGAUCAUCUGAUAGGGCUGCAAUAUCACCUUUGAACCAAAACGGGCAUGCCUGUUCCACGUACCAAUUUCGCAGAUACAAGAAUCGAGUGCCGUUGGGUGCAAACAUCGGUCUGCAUGACUGCCAGCGCGACGGCUCGCCUAACCAGAUGAAGGCGCAGAGCUCCGAGGUAAUGGAGAUGCGAGGUGUCAACAGGGCUGCAUCUUCUCCCGGUGUCGAAUGCGCGGCGACCCAUUCAAGCUCGAGCUACACACGUGGUCGUCAAACACACAGCUCUUCUAGUGGCUACGACUCGUGUCCAGCCGGCCUAACGUACAGCUCCAACCACGGCGGCACGCACAGCAUGAGCACCCUCAGCAACACCAACUACAUCGACCACAGCCCACACCGAAAAUGCUUUCUCAGGCACUCGAGGCACUUGUCCACGCUGAACGAUUCGUCCGUGCCCAUCUCGGCGCAGCAGUGCCACUUUUAAUCCACGUGCGCACGCAAUUUGCAGCGUCCCAUGGGCGGAAUCGCUAACAUGAUCGCGGGCGCACAAUGCCACACAGCGAGUUUUAUUUCGAAGUCGGUGUUUUUGCCCCGACGUUGAUUCGCCGGGGGAGUUGUGUUUUGCACAGUGUAUCGCGUUCUUGUGAGAAAGCAAAUUGUUUGGCGGCAGCAUAUUUCGAAAGCAAUUUACAAAAGCGUAGGAAACUGUAUACGUAUGUUGAAGGAGGAAACUCCAAACAAAAGUUUAGUUGCUGAAGAAUUUAUCUACAGCAUGAAUAUUUUGUGUAGAUUGAUAUGCUCCUUAGAAUUACCUGACUCCUUCAGGAACAAGCUUUUCUCCGUUAUUGCAGGUCUCAUUAAUUUCAUUUAAAUGCAUAUAUCAAAGCUCCAAGAAAGCUGAAAAAAUAGGAUCCGUCUAAGUCCAAGUAAUUAAUUAUUUGGAACUAUUUUCUAUUAGAUAUUUUUCUUAUCAUUUUCCAUGAUAUAAUUUAAAUUUACAUUUAUUUUGUUCAAUCGUGCUCAAAGUGCAAUGUUUUUACUGUGAAAUUAUACAGGGAUAUAUAAACACAAAUCAGUUAAAAUUAGGGAAAAGGCUGUGUUUCAACUUUUACUUUUGCUACUUACGUAUUUUAAACUUUAAGCAUCAAGCUUGUAAUAAUGAAGAAGAAUGAAUCAUGUAUUAUUUAUUAUUGUUUUUUAUUGAAAUAGCAACGUUUUGAAGACAUCUUUAUUAAGAGUUCCUUACACGUUCAAACUUUACUGUCAAAUAAUAACGGCGUUCCUUUUAACUCCAUAUUCUUCUCUUAAUAUGUUGUUUUGUGUUUAUCUGUUUUUCGUUCAUUAAACUGAUUAUUAUACCGUUUAAAUUAUUGAAAUGCAGACGCAAAAUGCGGUGUAAAAUUGGUAAAUUUAAUACUCGUAGGUUUUUCAGAUUUUAAUUACAUGACAGAUUUACUACAGUUAUAUGUCACUUUGCUCGUGCUUAAGACGAAACAUUUUAAAUUAGUUAAUUUGAAACUCUAUAUAAAUAUAAAAUUAUUUACCCACUUCAUAUAGUAAACAAUAUGGGGAUAAUAUUUUAAUUUAAAUAAUUUUUGUAAUGCUUUUAUAUGUUUCGUUUGCAUUUUCUGAUAAAAAAUGGACGGAAAAGUGAAAAAUCAAAGUAAAAAUUAUAACAUGCAUACAUAUAUAUAUAUAUAUAUAUAUA